AAUAAUUCUUAACCGUUUGCAAUAAACAAGUAGACCUCCCAUAAAAUCCCAUUUCCACAAUUUAUUGAAGAGAACAAGCGAAGCAAUGAGAAUGUUGGUUCAAUCAUAUUCAUUGAUCUCCAAAAAUGUAGCAUAUCUUACAACUUAGCCUUACAAACUAUAGUGAGCAGUAAUGGAGAGACACAUACAAAUUUUUCUCAACAAGAUUUCCUAUGUCUUCAUAGCCUUAGCCUCGGUCACCCUUCUUUUCCUCUUCCUCCAAAUCCCCGACACCUGCGUCCCACACUCCUCCGCCAAAGCCCACCUCAGAUUUCCCAGAUCCUCCUGCGAUUACCCUUCGCCCCGAGAAAUCGUGACAAUCGAGAAGAAGAAUAAGCGCCUCUGGUCCACCCGGUCUUGGCAAAACAAAGUCUCUUCCUUUGUCCAAUUCUUCCAACCAUUUCGGGAUCUGGGCCUUCUUCAUAACCACUCCAAAGUCCUUUGCGUCUCCGUCGGCGCCGGCCACGAGAUCAUGGGCCUGACCCAAUUGGGUGUAGUUGACGUCACCGGAACCGAGUUGGUGGACUCGCCGCCGCUGGUGAGUCGGGCCGAUCCUCAUAACUUGCCGUUUUUUGAUAAUUUGUUUGAUUUGGCUUUCAGUGCCCACUUGGCCGAGGCGUUGUUCCCGUCGCGAUUCAUUUCGGAGAUGGAAAGGACAGUUCGGCCUGGUGGGGCUUCUGUGAUUGUUGUUGACGAAUGUGGGGAUGAGGAAACAAGAUCAAUUGUUGGUUUAUUUAAGAAUUCGAUAUUUGUUAACGCCAUUAAUGUUACUUUGACUGGAAUGAGAAUGACCAGAAUUAUGAUGAGGACCCAAAAUGUUCCAUCUUGAAUUUUGGGGUUCUUGUUGUUUGAUUUAUAUACAUGUACAGACAUAUUGUUUUAUUUGUUUCGUGUUGCUUGUCUUCAGUGUUUGCUCAUGUUUAGAGUUGAAAAUGAAGAUGUGUAAUUGGAUGGUUAUAAUAGAUUGAUGGAGUUUCAGAAUUGCAGAUAUGAAAA